CCUUUACCAGGAGAAGCAGAGAGCCUGUGGAGAGAUACAAAAGUCUUGGGCGAAGUAACCAAUACUCUAAGCAAGAGACGGAGAAGAGAUGACUACACAGGCAUUGCAGGCGUUUCGUCAAAACGAGUUGAAGAGCUCGAGG